AAAGCUGCCAAAAGGCUUCUAGAACACCGCCUUCUGCCAGCCUGCAUUUAGUACCGUGGAACUAGGUUCCAAAACACGCGACAGCGGCAGACAGCAGCCGCGGCAGCGCGCAAUUGUCCUUCAUACAAGAAGUCUCUCCAAUAUAGAUGAUUCAUGUGUCAAGUUGUGUCGAUGCCGGCAUUCCGCUAAUAUAAUUAUCCGUAUGUAAGCAAACGACCCACAACUGUGUAACGCUGUGCCUUAAGCUUGCAUUAUCUCUCAUUAGUAUAGACCUGAUAGCACUUAAGAGGAUGGAGCUGGUUGCGCGCAUGAGCUGAAAGUCAAUGUCAAGGAGUGUUGCCGAACAGCUACUGGCGAGCUAGCGACGCUCCACUUCGGCCGCGCAAUGUGGACAGAACUAGAUUUGUGUAAGGAAUGCGCGCGAGGCACGAAGCAGGCCCUGGACCAGAACGUGUACGCCGCAGUGUGGUCGGCCAUCCAGGCGUGGGUGGUCCAGCAGUUCGCCUGUCACCGAGGUGCCAGCAUCGCCGCGUUCGGUCGCCUCACCUGGCAUCGAAGUGCUGCACAUGCUUCCGCAGUUGUUGAGGGAUUGCCACCACAGCUACGCCCAGUCUUCAUCCCAGCCGAUAGCUUCUUGCGCAUCCACGCACUGCACCACGCCAACAGCGCGACUCGUGCCACUACGGUGCAACCAGAGGAGCUGCAGCCCUGCGAGGAGUACGACGGUCUGCGCGUGGCCCUCAAGUUCUCCCGCGCGCUGACGCGCGCCGUGAUGGAGGGCUGCACCCGCCGGCUCCUGGCGGCACUGGGCGAGGCGGUGCGGUCAGGGCGACAGGUAGCGGUGGACAUGGGCGUGGGGACACUGACCGGCCGCGACCGGGCCCUGGGCUUUGAGUUCAUGCCCUCCUACCUGGCGGCUCAUCGCACCUUGGCUGGCAGCACCAGGCUUGGCGCCUGGGCCGGCGCGGCAGUGGGCGCCCGGCGCACUUGCCAGCAGCAGUCGCAGCAGCAGCAGCAGGUGCAGGCACAGGUGCCGCAAACGCGCCGGGAGCAGGUGUUGACGGGGCUGGCGCAGCUGCAAGCCGAGCUGGCGGCGGGGGACGACGGAAGCGAGGAGGACUCGGGUGGAGGUGUGGGUGGCCGCGAUCAGGCAUUGCCUGGCGCGCAGGUGCAGCACGGGGAGCUGAUGCCGGGCGAGGAGACGCACGGCCGCCAGCAACAGCCGGGGCUACGGCGCACCGUGUCGCAACCCCGGCGACCGCGUAGCCAGGGGCCGGAGGCGGAGGACAGGCAAGAUGCUAAGCAUGCCCCGGCGAGCCAGGCAAGGCGCGACAUCAGCCCUGGCCCGCAGGGGCGGCCGUCAUGGGGCCGUCGUGCGCCUCCAGCCUCUACAAAGUCACCUGGCCGGCUGGGCGCUGUCCCGUCGCGGCCAUCGUCUCCUGGGCCGUCGGGGCCCAGUCGCCCGCUGUCCAGCGGCACACGGAGCCGGGGCCCAGCCGAAGUUGGGAGCCACGGGGCAGCCAGAUCCGUUGGGCCGAGCCGCUGCGCGUCACCUGCGCCGGAGCGGCGUGGCGCCUCUGCCGCUGUCUCAGCUCAGGCGCAGACGCAAGCGAGGGGUCACCGCCCUAGCAGCCCGGGUCCGGGGCCUAGGCCCAACGCGCUCGGGAAUGUAUCACGCUUUGGCGGGCUGUCAGUCGGGUGCGGGAGCCGCGGAAGCCGCACCGGCGAGGGUUGGUCACGCGGUGAGCUCAGUGACAGUGGUGACAUUGGCGGGCGGUCGUUUUCACCAACACCGGCUGAAAGGGCUGCCGCGGAGGCGGUGCCCACGGCGUCGCACAUCCAGCUGGCCGCUCGCGCCCCCCGCUCCCGGCCGGUCUCCCCCUCCCCACCAGUGCGGCGGCCCGCCAGUGCUCCGCGUCCUCGGGCAGCACCUGCAGCCAGCCGUGCUGCAGCCGCCACUUCAACAAGAACUGCAAGGGCUGCUGCACCCUGCCGCAAUGACAGAAACACAGGCCGCACGCAGGCGACUCGCACGGCCAGCGCCCCGCGCACUCGGUCUGCGUCUGCCGGUGUGCAGAUCACUGGCGGCACGAUGGCGUCAGGAGGCCCCAGCCGACCCACCAGCCCGGGACCUACGCGUGCGCAACCGUCGAUGUCUGCAGCCCGUGCCCAGGCUCUUGCGGUGCUGCGCGGUCGCAACGCCUCACCACGCCGUGCCGAGGCUGCACCUCACAACGCAACAGGUUUAGCAGCUGCUGGAGUCAUGGGUGCACAGUCGCAGCCCCAGAAGCAGCUGGUUGCACAGCUUUGGAGCCCAGACAACAGCCUGAAGGGCGCAGUAGGGCGACAGGAAACCGGCGCUGCAGCACCAGGCCAGCGGCGCAACACCGCCACAGGCACUCCUGUUGGCAAGGAUGCCGCUGCCGACAAUGCGCCGUGGCUGCGGCCCAGGAGCCAGGCUCCCCAGCAGGGCGCCGCUGAGCCGGCUGCAGCCCGGGCUGUAGUGGCCGAUUCGGGACGGCAGAACCCAACGCAACGGGUCAGCUAUGAUGGCGGAAAGGCGGGUACAAGCGGCGACCUCGACAUGGAGGACCAGCAGGCUCCACGCAGCGCCCGCAAGCCGCUCUUCUCGUCACCGCCCGCGGGCAAGUUCCCGGUACGCGCCGCACAGGGCGAUGCCAAGAGCCUCAGGCGCCUUGAACUGCCACAUGCUCGAACUGAAAAAUGUACUGGUGUAGAAGCUGACAGCGCUAGGGCAGACGACCGCACGCUUUCACGAUCAGGCCAGGAGAGGCUGCGUGACCAGUCCGGCGCGCUGGACCGCAGCCGCAGCCCCAGUCCCGGGCCGAGGCCGGGCGCACACGGCGUCGUCGUCACGUAUGCAGCGGUGCGGUCGGCCAGCCCCGGCCCCAACCUGCGCUACGGAGACGCAAGCACCACAGCAGAUGUCACGGGUGUGCCCGCAGCGGCUUUCGCAAGGCCUCUCGGCAGCGCUAGUGAGCGGGCUGCUUACGAGGUGGCCGGUGGCCAGGCCGCGUUGGAGCGGCUGGUGGGUGGCAGCAAGGCGGCCGCAGAGGACCGACCGCUGUGUCUGGCCAAGGCCGCUGCUGCGGGGCCAACAUCGCCGCCACGGAGACAUGUGUAUGCCCUUCAGCAGCAGCAGCAGGCACAGCAGCCUUCACAAAGCUGUCGCACACAGCCCAGCGGCCCCAAUGCUGCCGCCACAGUAGGCAUGGCCGCCUCCGUCGGGUCCAUCGAUAGUCUGCAGCGGCCGGCGAGCGUGCUGGGCAGGCGGGCGGGCGGGGACCCCUGUGUCGUGGAGUCGUGGGAGGCGGAGCUGGAGGCUGAAUUUGAGGACGUGGAGGACUUGUUGGAGGGCGUGGAGCAGUGCCUGGGCUUCAGUGCUGACCUACCAGACACCUUCGAGCAGGACGCUGACGAACACACCACGCGCCACGGCUGGGAGGAGCCUGCAGGCGCACGGCACCCUUGUCAGGCGGGUGGCCACAGCAGUGCCGGCGGCUGCGCGGAGGAGUGGUCCAGCAGCGGCAUGGCAUGCAGCAGCAGCGCCACCAGCUGCUUCAGCUUCGGACGUGGCGGAGUCGGCCAAGUAUCCAACAGCAGCAGCCUGCGCGGUGGGCGGGGUGUUGGCAUGCAUGGUGCUGCGGUCGGGCAGGCAGGCGCUGCCCACGCCCUGGCCAGCACCGCCCAUAAAGGAUCGCUGUGUGCAUGCCAAGAGGAGGAGGAAGAGGGCAUGCCGGCGGGAGACUGUGACAGCCCCCAGAUGCCGCCGCAGCGCUGUGCCUCGCCAAGGCAGAGGCGGCUGCGCAGCUCGGGCAGCGAGGGCGAGGUUGGUGUGGCACCCGCGGCAGCGCAAGGGUGGCGGUCACCAGGUGGCCGGUACUGUGGGAGCAGCGGCAGUAGCAGCGCGGGCACAAGCACCAGCAGCAGAGGUGUGCGCGGGGCAUCCCUGGCGGUGCGGGCGGAAGACCUGCCGGUGCCUGCCUGGGGCGACCGCCUGCCGGUGCCCGCUGCCGGGCGUCACGCAGGAAAGCAGGAGGGUGAGGAGGAGCAAGAAGAGGAGGAGGAGGAGGCGGGCUGGUCUGAUGAUGACCAGAUUCCAGAGGUGCAGCGGUACCUUAAGUCACUGGGGCAGGCCGCAGCACAGCGCCAGUGGCGGCACUCGUCUGAUGGGUCCGACGUGGAGUGACGGGCGGGACUUGAGAGCUGAAAAGGUG